AUGACGGUGAAAAACAAGUAUCCAUUGCCAAGAGUUGAUGACUUGUCUGAUAAGUUAAAGGGAGUUUCGGUGUUUUCCAAGAUUGAUCUUCGGUCAGGCUACCAUCAACUAGGGAAAACUAAUGUAGUUGUAGAUGCCCUCAGCAGGAAAGUCUCCUUAGCUCAGCUAACUCUUCAGAAGCACCUGCAACAAGAGAUAAUGAAGGAGGAGAUAGAGUUGGCGGUUGGGAAAUUGUCCAAAAUUGAAGUUCGGUCUAAGUUGUUGGAGGAAAUUAGAGAAAAACAAGCGAAUGAUGGGUUUAGUAAAGGAAUUGAGCAGCAGUUGAAAGAUGCCAGAGAAUCAGAAUUCAAAUGGGUGAAUGGAAUCCUGUAA